AACCGCCCGGUUCUUCCUUCGCUGCAGAAGUUUGACGGGUGGGCCCUCCACGCCUGCUUCCUUUGUCCUCCGCGGGGCAGUCUGGAAUGGACGGGACACCGGAGCCUCUGGCCAUGACCGUCCACCUCCUCGCCGACUCUGGACAUGGCUCACUUCUGCAGCAAACUCUGGAUCAGCUCCUGGACUGCAUUUGCCCGGACGUGCGUCCCUUUCUGGUGUCCGAGAGGGUCAGUCCAGUAAAAUACUACGACAAGUGCCACUCCAAGCGCUCACGGUUCCCGGGGAUGUCUGUGUUGCUCUUCCUGCCCGAGAGCGUGGGAGAGGAGCGGCUCUUCCGGGUUCUUGACUCCCUCCAGCACCGGCCGUGGCAGUGUUACUCUGCCCCGAAUGCUCAGGGGAGGCCGUGUCCCUACCCUCUUUCCAACCAGGAGUUCUACAGUCUGGACAGCCAGAUGCCAGUCUGGGGUGUGAGGCAGGUGCACCGCGGCACUGAGAUCCUGAGGGUGACGCUCUACUGCAGUUCUGAUAACUACGACGAUGCCAUCAGACUCUAUGAGCUGAUCCUGCAGAAGGAAGCCACCGUGCAGAAGAGCGACUCCUGUGUCUUCGUGCUCUAUGCCACCGAGAGCUUUGCUCUGCAGCUCUCCCUGACGCAGCUGCCCCUUGGAAUGUCAGUGGACCCCAUAGAGUCCUCAGUGCUGCAGUUCAAGGUUCAAGAGAUCGGCCAGUUAGUGCCUCUUCUUCCCCAUCCGUGCGUCCCCAUCAGCCGCACCAGGUGGCAGACACAGGACUAUGACGGCAACAAGAUCCUGCUUCAGGUCCAGUUGAAUCCCGGACUUGCUGUGAGGAAUGGCGUGCUUUCCUUUCUGAAUGGCACCUCGGGAGCCGAGACACUUCUCCAGGACUCCCGGCUGAUCCCUGUCUCCACAAGGAGGACCCUGGAGCCAAGAUGCCGAAGGAGCCGGGCCAGGAGGCUCAAGGUGGGUUCCCCGGAGUGCCCGGAGUCUGCUGAGAGCCCCGAGUCAGACAGUGUUAGUGGCACCUUGUGGAAAAGCCCUGGCUGCUCAUCUCAGGACAGGAGCUCCGCCAUGGGCAUACAGAUGCAUCUGCCUUCUCCCCACCUCCAACCUGGGGCCAGAGAAAAAGUCCUCAGCCUGCAAAACAGCUUUGGGAAGCUGGAGGCAGAAACGAAUGUUGACACGGGUUGCACCGUGGUCAAUUCUGAUCCCCGACAAUCUUUUCGGAGCGGAUUUUCAAGGGAUCUGCAGACCAGCCAGGCACCAUUGUGCUUGCCAGACUCCUCCUUAGGGGUGACUGCCUCCAAGAACAAUAGAAUCUUUAAGGCAAGGACCCUUUCUUUGUCAGUUGCUGGCCGAAGGGAUCUUGGUGCAAGGAAGAUAAUCUCAAAAUGUCCCCUUCACCUGCCAGUCCAGGGUGAAGAAAAAGAAGAAGAAUUCUUUAUAUAGCCUGAAACAAAUGUGGUUUUCUAAAACACAAGAUCAGAUAUAGUGUUCUAGAAAUGGAGCACUGACCUAGAAUCAAACAGUUUCUUGGUCACGUGAGGGGGCCUGAGUGCUAGCCACGCUCAGAUCUAUAUUGCUUUUAUUUCAAACGCGCAUAGUCUAAUGGUGCUGUGAAGCAUUGUUUAUUUGCCUUCAUGGUUAUGAAGGAACACAGCCAAUGCAUAGGGAGGAAACCAAAGCCCUUGUCCCUGGAGACACACUAACCCAGCUGGCUGUGUUGAGUGCAGCACCUACCAGGAAUAAUUGCAUCCUAUGCAAAUGAGCCGGGCGUGUUAUACAAUGCUGAUGAGUGGAUGUAAUUUGGUUUUAAUUUUUACUUGGGUUGCAUAGUUCAUCCCCUUGGACAACAUGGACUACUUAUUCUUUAGUGUUUUUAAUUUUUAUGUGACCUCCUUUGGAAAGAAGGCCCUGCACACCACAUGAUUUUGCCUUUCAAGUUGUUUGCAUCUAGAAUGAGUUCACAUGCAAGUGUUUUGAAAAUUACAAACAAUUAAUUUUUUUUCCUGUUUAAUGAGCAGAAAUACUAGAAGUCAAAAGAUCAGGUAAAAAAUGAGAAGGAGGCUCUAGGAUUUCCCUGCUCCUCCAUUUCUCAUUUGUUUCUGCACUACUUCAAAGUUUCCAGCCAGAGAGGAACAUGGCUUGAUUGGGUGACUCCAGAUCUCUACUCGACUUGACAGGACGAUUGGACUGGACGGGUUGUUGGAGCAGGACUUGUGUUCUUCUGGCCAUGUUCAAAUUCCUAAAUGUCUUUGCAACAUGCAUUCAUCCAUUUACACGUUUAUUCAUUCAGCAAAUACUUAUUGAGCACCUACCUUUGAAUUAAGACAUUGAUAUAUGGUCCACAUACCAUCUGUGGCCAUCAAACCCAAAAGGUAUUUAUGGUCUUACCAGUAAUUCCAUUCUUUCAACACUUGAGACUAUGUUGAAGUCUUACCUUGAUUCCUCUGGGACCGUUUUCCACAAGUGAUUUUCACACUUGCUGCUCAAGGUUGUAGUAAACAGGUGGAGACUGGGCAUAUUAUGAAUUGUAAUUAUAACCAUGAUGGACAAGUU